AUGCAAUUCCCUCCACCAGCCAUCGCGGAGUCGUGGCCAACCCCAAACUAUAUCGACCCUCCCACGCGCGGGCACGGCGUCCUCAUUGUAAACGUCGUCUGUCUCACCUGGGCCUUCCUAAUCGUCUCCCUCCGUCUGUACACUAGAGUAUGGAUUACAUACAGCGCCGGUGUCGACGAUGUGCUUAUUAUCAUCGGUCUGAUCUUCGCCAUCGCAAUGGCCAUCGUCACUUCAAUCGCCACUGAAAAUUGGGGCAUGAACCGCCAUAUCUGGGAUAUUGAAUUGUCUCGAUUCAUCAUUGUCCGGAAACUGAACCUCUGCUUCCAAUUAUCGUUCGUGGUGUCGUCUUGCUUCACCAAGCUCUCUCUGCUAUGGUUCUGUCGACGACUCAUCGGGAAGGGCAACUUCGUGCUGUAUAACUGGGCGUUUAUUAUUUCCAUGGGUUUCGUCGGGGUUUCUAGUUUGCUGUUUUUUAUUAUCAGCAUCUUUCAGUGCUCGCCUAUCCACGCAUACUGGCAAAUCAACACCACCGAGUCGUACUACUGCAUGAACGAUGGUGCGAUUGUCUUCUCCGCCAGUAUGAUCAAUAUCUUUACCGAUUUCCUGGUCACGGCUCUCCCAAUGCCAUUGAUCUGGAGUCUGAAAAUGCCCGCUCGUCAACGACUCGCCGUUAUCUCCAUCUUCGCCCUCGGUGUCGUGGUUAACGUAGCCAGCUGUGUACGAACCGUAUACGUGUGGGAGAGUAUGAUAACCGGCUAUGAUGGGACCUGGCUUGGAUGGCCGGGACUGGUCUCUGCCGCAGUGGAACUUAGCCUGGCAUUGAUCUGCUCUUCAGCUCCAGCCCUCCGCCCUCUCAUUGCAGCCUUUCUACCCCGUUUCCUCAGCUCAAACCGCAACAUCAGCUCCUCCUACAACCAACGGAAUCGCACCCACAGGCUCUGGUAUUCAAACGGCCGCUCUCGAUCAUCCCGUCUGGUUACCGAUAACUCACAUCAGCUGGGCUACAACAGCGAUAGAUUUGAGAUUAUGCGCACCGUUGAGAUGGAGAGCUGGGCUGAGUCACGACUCGCAAGCCACGAUAAGAUGGGCCAUGAGAUGAAGAUGGGCAUAGUCUAUGCUUCUCCGACGAGUACUUGCUUCUCUGCAUCUGGGCCAAGCGAUACGCAUUUUCCUUUCAAUGAUCGGCAGUCGCGCUAA